CUUGUCUGUUUGUAAUUGUUAGUUGUUGAAUGAAUAAAUGAACCUGCGUUUCUCAGUUGCACGAGAUAUUAAAUGGACUAACUUUUUUACGCUUUAUACACCUUAUACAACAAAAAGUUAUCUCUUAAAGAAAACAGCAGCUUUCAUAAAACUAAAUCAAAGAAACCUUGCAAGUGUGCACAGCAUUGGAAUGGAAUUAAAAGAAGUUGUCGCAAAACUUGAAAGUUUUGCAUCCACAAAGUUAGCUGAGAAUUGGGAUAACGUUGGACUUCUAAUACAGCCUUCAUCGCCACUUCUAGUAAAUGUUCUUUUUCUUACUAAUGAUCUGACGGAAGAUGUUCUUGAUGAAAGUAUUUCAAAAGGAGCAAAUAUGAUUCUGUGUUACCAUCCACCAAUAUUUCGUUCAUUAAAAAGAAUCACUCAAAGUAGUUGGAAAGAAAGGCUGGUGGUCAAAGCUUUUGAAAAUAGGAUUGCUAUUUAUUCUCCGCAUACUGCAUACGACGUAAUCAAAGGUGGUGUAAAUGAUUGGCUUAUAAGCUGCUUUGAAGGCGUUGUUUCACCCAUAAACCCAUUGGAAAAUGAUAGCACUUGUGGUAGUGGUCGAAUAUGCCAACUCAAAUCUCCUUUAUUGAUCGCUGAUGUGAUUUCUAAAGUCAAGGAACACCUUGGUUUAGAUUUAAUCAGAGUUGGAUACAGUCGUAAUGGCAAAUUAAAAAUGAUUAACAGUAUUGCGACGUGUGCUGGUUCUGGUGCAACAAUCUUAGAGGGAGUUCGUGCUGAUGUUUACCUAACAGGGGAAAUGUCUCAUCAUGAAAUUCUAGAUGCUGUAUCAAAUGAUGUGACGGUUUUGCUGUGUGAACAUUCAAAUACUGAGAGAGGAUUUCUUAAAAACCAUUCUAAAACUCUGACUUGUUUGCUUGAUUAUAAAGUCCAAGUCAUAUGUUCUGAAGUUGAUAAAGACCCUAUUUUAUUUGUGUAAACUUUUGAUUGUUUAAGGUUUUUUUCUGAAUUAAAGUUUAGAAAGCGUCAUUUUA